GCGGUCACUCGUUGAUACGCCGCCGCGGCAAACAGUGUUUCAAAUUUGAAUAGCGCGCCAAUUUUGACGUUUUAUUUAUUUUAUUUUUUUUUUCUGUGUCAGUGUUACGAGUUGCAAAUAUGUUGCGUGUUCUUAUCCUCACGAUUACACUAUCGUGUGUCAACACCCAGAGCUAUUACAACGCUGCAUCAGAAGCCCAACAAAGAUUCGCGAUCCAGAACAGAUACGACGACACCGGCCCUGGGGCCAAGGGGCCAGAAUCCGCUUACAACACCUACAGGAGCCUCGAAGAAGCCCUCAUCUCUUACAUUGACGACCCUGAUACAAAACUACCAGACCAUGAACGUGCCAAAAUAGCCCGCUUCGUCAACACAGACUACAACCAACCAAUCAGGGAAUACCCCAAAUCGGUGGAAGAAUACACGGGCCAGACAAAACCAAGCCGUCCGGCACAACGCAGACCGAUUCCAUCGUUCUACCAACAGAACUAUCAACCAAACUACCAACCCUACUACCAACCGAACUACCAACCAGUCAGUCCAGCUACAGCUUUCCAAACCUUUUACAGACCAGAGAAGUUCGUCUUCCAGGAUCCGAGUAACAAAUUCUCUUUCCUGGACUUCCGAGGUUCGGACUUAAGGCAGACCCUGCAAGGAGAGAGGUUGGACUUCAAAGUCCCGAAGGUUCAGCCCGUGAGGUCCAGUCCGUUGAGCCUGGCGCACUUCACGAGGUCUGAUGAGGAGCAGUUCGAUGUGCAUCAUGACCCGCACCCUCAGUACACAUUCUCGUAUGGAGUUAAUGACAAAAAAACCGGCGACUCCAAGUCCGCACACGAGACCCGCGACGGGGGCUCCGUGAAGGGCUACUACACCUUCGUGGACCCAGAUGGCAAGCAACGCACCGUGCAUUACACGGCUGAUGACAAGCUGGGCUUCAGGGCCACGGUGCAGCGGACGCCGAUGAAUUCGCAGUAGUUAAUAUAGUAGUUAAGUAGUUUAGGGCAUAUUUCACGAUGUAGGUAGUAUCUGUAACUGUAUAUAAAAUUUGAAAAAUUUAUAAAUAGGUAAUGUAUUACACUAGUGUUCGUAUGUAGCUUUAUAUUGACCAUUUAGGUAUAGACUCCAUACCUAAAUGUUUAAUUGAAUAGUAAUUGAGUGUUAUGUUACCAAUUUAAAUUGGAUUGUCUGAUGAAAGAGAAAAAAAUACUCUGUGAAAAUAGCUAAAGUUAAAAAGAAAACAUCCUUCAAAUAUAGUGGCAAAAUUUAAUUGAGUGAAGAAAAAAUAUCUAACUAUAUCCAUGCUAA